AUUAAAGGUGUACGCCAUUACCACCCGGCCCAUGUGGCUUCUUGUUUUCAUGUUUUAGCUCAGCGGCAGAAACAUUUGUCAAAGAAGUGACAUUUAGAAUAUGUGGUGUUAUUCUAAAAGACUUCAGUAAGACUUUCUGAUUGCUUUUGAUGUAAAAGUUGAAUUUAAUAUUUGUUAGUUGAGGUACAUUGCCUUUUCUUCACCUCCUCUUUGAAACAAGUUGAAUAGCCUAGGUGGUGUCUGGAAGUCCUGGAGGAUCAAGGGAGAGUAGAAGGAGGGUCUUUCACAAAGUUGGUAAGGAUCACUGAACAAAAAGGAAUCUAGAAACAAAGGCUUGAAACCUGGAGUCUAACAUAUUUUGGGCUAAAUGUUUAUGAUUGUGUCUCUUCAUUUUUUUUAGAAAGAAAAUGGUCCCAUUGAGUGGUCAGAGUCCUGCCUUCCUCAUGCGUUAUGUUCCCAGAGCUGUUUGCCUGAUGACUAAAAUGAGAGGAAGUAUGUGGCAGUACUCUGGAGUGUGGGAAGGAGAGAGACAAGCGUUUUGAAAACCCAGUUUCUUUGUUGUCUUCUGUUCUCUUCUUCCUAGAGUUUGCACAUACUUUGUUACAAAAGUUUGUAGCAAAAGCAUUACAUUUUGAAUUUUUGAACAUGGCAUUUAAAGUAAAAUUAGAGAAUUGAAGCUUUGAAAAUCAUUGAUUUAAUGAAAAAUUGACGUGCAUAUUUAGCUUAAAUACAAGGCAAGUCCUGUUGCACAUUCUAAUAGCAGAGUAGUGUAUACAGUGUGAAUGAACAAUAGGGUUAGCUCUACCAGGAGGUGUUUGAAAACUGAGCUUGUUUAUCAGAAUAAUAUCUAAUUGCUGUCAUGUAUGUGGGGAUUGUUUUGAGGAUAGGCUGAAAUGGUGUUCCUUUACAUUUUCAGAGGUCUUGCUUUGCCCAGCGUGGAUUGUAAGAAGACACAGACCAACAUUCUGAUGUGACUUUUUCGGAGCACCAUAACAUGGUGUGGGAAGUGAAGACAAAUCAGAUGCCUAAUGCAGUCCAGAAACUCCUGCUGGUGAUGGACAAGAGAGCGCCAGGAAUGAAUGACUCGCUGGAGUUGCUGCAGUGUAAUGAGAAUUUGCCAUCCUCUCCAGGAUACAACUCCUGUGACGAGCACAUGGAGCUUGAUGACCUUCCUGAACUUCAGGCUGUUCAGAGUGAUCCUGCCCAGUCUGCCAUAUACCAGCUAAGUUCAGAUGUAUCUCAUCAAGACUAUCCAAGACCGUCUUGGAGCCAGAAUACCUCAGACAUAUCGGAAAAUGCUCACCGUGAAGAUGAGGUGGACUGGCUGACAGAGUUAGCAAAUAUUGCCACUAGUCCACAAAGUCCACUGAUGCAGUGCUCCUUCUACAACAGAUCAUCUCCUGUACACAUCAUAGCUACUAGCAAAAGUUUACAUUCCUAUGCACGCCCACCACCAGUGUCCUCUUCUUCAAAGAGCAGGCCAGCCUUUCCUCAUGACCACUGGAAGGAAGAAACACCAGUAAGACAUGAAAGGGCGAACAGUGAGUCUGAGUCUGGCAUUUUCUGCAUGUCCUCCCUGUCAGACGACGAUGACCUGGGCUGGUGCAAUUCCUGGCCGGCAACUGUAUGGCACUGUUUUCUGAAAGGCACACGACUGUGCUUCCAUAAGGAAAGCAAUAAGGAAUGGCAAGAUGUUGAAGACUUUGCUAGAGCGGAAGGCUGUGAUAAUGAGGAAGAGAUUCAAAUGGGCACUCACAAGGGCUAUGGUUCAGAUGGUCUAAAGUUGUUAUCCCAUGAAGAGAGUGUAUCAUUUGGUGAGUCUGUGCUGAAGUUGACAUUUGAUCCUGGUACAGUAGAAGAUGGCUUGCUUACUGUGGAGUGUAAGCUGGACCACCCAUUCUAUGUUAAAAAUAAAGGUUGGUCAUCAUUUUAUCCAAGCUUGACUGUGGUACAGCAUGGCAUUCCAUGUUGUGAAAUUCAUAUUGGUGACGUAUGUCUACCUCCUGGACACCCUGAUGCCAUUAAUUUUGAUGAUUCAGGUGUUUUUGAUACAUUUAAAAGCUAUGACUUCACACCUAUGGACUCUUCUGCAGUUUAUGUUUUGAGUAGUAUGGCUCGCCAGCGCCGUGCAUCUUUGUCUUGUGGAGGACCUGGUAGCGCUCAAGAGUUUGCCGGCGGCUCUGAAUUCAGCAAAAGCUGUGGUUCACCUGGGCCAUCACAGCUCUCCUCUGAUUCUCUGUAUGCUAAAGCUGUCAAAAGCCACAGCUCAGGGACUGUGAGUGCCACUUCUCCUAAUAAGUGCAAAAGACCAAUGAAUGCCUUCAUGCUUUUUGCCAAAAAAUACAGAGUUGAAUAUACUCAGAUGUAUCCAGGGAAAGAUAACAGAGCCAUUAGUGUGAUCCUUGGUGACAGGUGGAAAAAAAUGAAGAACGAGGAAAGGAGGAUGUACACAUUAGAAGCAAAGGCUUUGGCUGAAGAACAGAAGCGUUUAAAUCCUGACUGUUGGAAAAGGAAAAGAACCAAUUCAGGCUCUCAACAACAUUGAACCUGAUGCUUGCAUUUUUAAAUCUGUAUCUGCCUAAGUACUGACUCUGGAUGGAAAAGCCUGGAAGACCUUGGUCUCACCGUUUGUCCUGAAUUUGAGUGACCAUAAGAUACUGAUAGCAUUGAGUCCUGAAAUGAUUUAAUGAGUGAGGAUUUGCUUUCUCCAUUAGAGCAUUAAGUAAGCUACAACUAUCAACAUUGUAAACCAAAUUGCCUUAUUUUCCUUCCAAACUUCAUAUAUGUCUAUCAGGUAAUAUAGGCUUGAAAAUUGAUAUCCUGUGGUGCUAAAGUACAGUAGAAAGAAAGAUGUGUAUACAUGUUUUAUUUUAAAUUGUACGAAGGGGAAUUAAAAAAUAUGUAACUGCUGUUUAUA